AUGGCAACCUCGAACUACUCCAUGUACCAGCUCAGCGCCGACCACACAUUCCACUUUGAAAUCCUUCGCGCCCUCAGCCAAUCCGUCUAUGACGGCGCCGACCUCGGCGAAGUCCUCACCACCGCCAACAAGAUCAUCCCUGGCGACUUCGCAAGCUACGCCACCUCCUUCUCCGCCCUCGCCUACAGCGUCCUCGACCGCGCAAGGAGCAUCGCGAAAACGAAAUUUCCCGUCUCCGCCCGCAGCGCCUUCUUCGCCGCGGCGACGUACUUUCGUAGCGCCGACUUUUACCUCCACGAGAACGCGUCGGAUCCCCGCAUCUACGAGCUGUGGGGCAACCAGACUGCCGCGUUCGAUGAAGGUCUCGCGUUGUUGACGGUGCCGAAUCAGCGUGUGACGAUUGAGACGGCGGACUUUGAUAUCCCGGGUAUAUGGUUCACGCCUGACGAGGAGGAGACGCAGCGCCCGACGAUUAUUAUGGGGAACGGGUAUGAUGGGUCCCAGGAGGAGAUGUACCACGCCAUGGGCGCCGCCGCUCUCGAGAGGGGAUACAACGUCCUCACCUACGAAGGGCCAGGCAUGCCUUCCGUUCGGCGGUACCAGGAAAUCGGUUUCAUCUACGAUUGGGAGCGAGUAAUUACUCCCAUUGUAGACUGGCUCCUUGACAAGCCCGAGAUGGUCGACCCGUCCUCGAUCGGCCUCCUCGGGUUUUCCUUCGGUGGCUACCUCGCCCCCCGCGCCGCGGCCUUUGAACACCGCCUCGCCGCAAUCUUCGCCGUCGACGGCGUCUGGGACUGGCCGGUCGUCGUGAACGCUACCCUCGGCGCAGAAGCCAUGGCGAUCUACGACUCGGGCGACAGAGCGGCCUUUGACGAGUACGCGAAGCGGUUUCUGCGGCCCGGGGUACCCGCGACGCUGCGCUGGGGUCUCGGGCAUGGGAUGUGGGCGUUCAACACCGCGUCCGCGUACGACUUUGUGACGCUAUCGCUGGAUUAUCGCAUGGAGCCUGUGGUGGAUCAGAUCCGGACGCCUGUUUUCGUGGGCGAUGCACAGAAUGAUUUGUUCUUCAAGGGUCAGGCGGCAGUUCUUGCGGAGGCGUUGGGGGAGUGGGCGUAUUUGCAUCAUUUUACGGAGGAAGAUGGGAUUGGCGAACACUGUGGGAUUGGGGCUUUCAAACAGCACAAUCAAGUUAUUUUUGACUGGUUUCAGAACCUGUUGGACUCCAAGGAAGGUGAAUAG